GCAAAAUGUUUCCACCAGCAUCCAUUGUUUUGUAGCUACUGCUAGACUUGUAUGCAUGCUAAUUACGAAAGUGUUGUGCGUAGUAUUACACAAAUCCUUAAACAAAACACCAUUUUUAUACCAAUAUCUAGAAUCAAAAGUCAAUAAAUAAAUCGGUCUUUUGUUUUUCUUGUAUUUGUUUUCUACUUUAAGGAUGCCGCCGCCAAAUGUUUCGGACCACGAGACACCUCAGAUUCCAGGGACCUUGGUCUCUAGAGAACGAUCGCAGGUUAUUAAAAGUCGACUAGCCAGGCUUUUAGGAACUAAUAAAGCUUUCCCCGGAUCUCAGCCUGUUUCUUUCGCUCAUAAACAUCUACAAACUCUGAAAGAAAAAGACUAUUAUGUGUGUGAAAAGAGUGAUGGUACCCGAUUUUUGAUGUACAUGACAAAGGACCCUUCACGACCUGAUAAACCGACGGUAUACUUAAUAGACAGAAAUCCUAAUUAUUAUCACAUCUCGAAUUUAAUAUACCCGAUACCUACAGAUAUAUCCGGGAAAGCAAUGCAUACGGAAACCGUGCUGGAUGGUGAGUUAAUCUUAGAGCGAUUUCCAGAUGGGAAGAAGCAGCUCAAAUUUCUCGUAUUCGAUUGUUUAGCUUGUGAUGGAAAACUGUAUAUGAAUCGUCCUUUAGAUAAACGGAUUGGAGUGUUCAUGGUAAACAUCAUUAUUCCACUUCGACAGUUCAUGCAGAAAUUCCCAAAAUCAGGGGAGACGUUUCCGUUUCUGACGGAAGGGAAGAAAAUGGAGAGGUCAUAUGGAAUAGAAAUGCUGUUUCGGGAUAUCAUUCCAAGUCUUCAUCAUGGAAAUGAUGGUCUCAUUUUUACUUGUGUUGAUACUCCUUACAUCACAGGAACGGAUCAUAAUCUAUUGAAAUGGAAACCGAAAACCAUUAAUACACUUGAUUUUAUGUUAAGAUUAGAAUUCACGGAAGCUGAUGAACAAGGAAAUGUCAAUUUUGAUGCAAUGCCUCAGUUCCAACUAGGCGUAUACCACGGUAGGAAUUCGUAUUCUUAUUUCGCUGACAUGUAUGUGAAUGAGGAAGAAUGGGAAAAGCUAAAAAGUUAUAAUACGCCGCUUCAAGAUCGCAUUAUUGAAUGCAGCUUGGAUGAAGAAAAUCGAUGGAGAUUUUUGAGAUUCCGGGAUGACAAAAGUGAAGCUAAUCAUAUAUCAACAGUAGAAAGUGUUUUAAAAAGCAUUGAAGACGCUGUUACUGAAGAAGAUCUUCUUCAUGAAGCAUAUGCGAUUAAACUUGCAUAUAAUCAACGACAUCCCAAACCUCCAGGCAACGAAAAGAAACGGAAAGCAGAAGGAGAGCCUGUACAGAAAGAAAAAGUUAAAUUCGAGAAAAAAGAAAAUAUUCCGGAUGCCUAA